GAGCCUCAUUUGCGUUUUGAAAGAAGUGGUAUCCAUGCUUGGGGAGUAUUUGCUGACAAAGAAAUCGCGUCGGGUGAAAUGGUAAUUGAAUAUCGCGGUGAACUCAUUGGAAAUGCGGUUGCAGAAAAGCGAGAUAAACAGUAUGAUGCAUCAAAGAUCGGAAGUGACUAUAUGUUUCGGAUUGAUGGAUCAGGUGUUUGCGAUGCCACGAAGCAGGGCAAUGUAGCACGCUUUGUCAAUGCAAGCUGCAACCCAAAUUGCUACACUAAGAUCAUCACACUUGACGGUAUCAAAAGGAUAGUGAUAUACGCGAAGCGAGACAUUCUCCCUGGAGAAGAGCUUUCUUAUGAUUACAAAUUUCCGUUGGAACGUAUUGAGGCAAAGCGAGUUUCAUGUUACUGUGGUGCAAAGGAUUGCAGGGGAUACAUGAAUUGGGAUAGAAGCUAUGUGUCUUUGUCUUGUCCAGCAGAUCUGCCGGAUUCUAAGGAGAUUCCAGAAAGGUAGAAAUGAAGAAAUUUCAUAUUCGGCUUUCGUUCAGGCCACAAUUCCCCUAUUUGGGACAAAACAAUGAUCAGUGAAUAGUGGCAGAUAUCAUAAGAGGAACUAAUAAAUCCCGUAUUUACAUGUU